GCCAGGAUCCUCUUAAGAACAGAUUCAGCUCUUCCUCUAAUCAUUAGAGCACUAGCUAUGGUGAUGAAAAACAUCUACGAUGUGGUGGAGACACCAGACCAGGAUAUCUACGCUAACAUCCCACCAGUGGAGAAACAGCCUGGAAAACACACAGCAAACACGACUGUGAAGAAAGCCAGUUCCUUCAAGUGGGCUGCUGUGGUUUUUGCUGUGCUGUGGAUCCUCUCAGUGUCUGUCACCCUGGGUGUGAUCUUUCACAGGAAUGCAGAGUAUGCCAGCCUCUUUCAAGAGUAUUCCGACCUGCAGAAUCAACUGAAGAACUAUACGGACAUGACAGUUCACAGGAAUGCAGAGUAUGCCAGCCUCUUUCAAAAGUAUUCCAACCUUCAGAAUCACCUGAAGAAGGAUACGAACAUGACAGAAAAUUACUCAGCUGUGUGGAGGUGGAUCCUCGAUGCUGCAGCUGAUGUGACUCUGGACCCUGAUACAGCGCAUCCCAGUCUCAUCCUGUCUGAGGACAGGAAACAAGUGAGACUUGGAGGCACACGACAGACUCUCCCUGACAAUCCAAAGAGAUUUGAUCCUGUUGUCAGUGUCCUGGGCUGGCAGGGCUUCACCUCAGGGAGACACUACUGGCAGGUGGAGGUGGGGGAGAAGACUGAGUGGUAUUUAGGAGUGGCCAGAGAGUCCAUCAACAGGAAGGGGAAUAUUACACUGACUCUUAAGAAUGGUUAUUGGACUGUGUGGCUGAAGGAUGGAGAGUACAAGGCUCCCGAUAUCACCCUCCCCCUGAACGUGAAGCCCCGGAAGGUGGGGGUGUAUCUGGAUUAUGAGGAAGGACAGGUCUCCUUUUACAAUGUGGAGACCAGAUCUCACAUCUACACUUUCACUGACACCUUCACUGAGAAGCUCUAUCCAUUCCUCUGCCCUUCUACUAAUAAAGAUGGUAAAAACGCAGCCCCACUGAUCAUCCUCCCUGUCAGUGAUAGAGAUUGAAUAAAGUGGUGUAUCUGUAUGACAGCCUACACCAGCAUUGAUUAUCCUGUUCAUUGCAUUAUUACUUGCCCAUCUAUUUCUUUGUCUACCUGUAAUUGUUUUACUGCUUGACAAAACUAA